AUGAGCGAAGGACGUCUGCAGCACUUGCUGCAGCCGCUUCGAGACUUGAGCAAGAACUGGAACAUCGACUUGGCGACAGAACUAGAGGACUAUAUGGACAAACUAGAGACCCUCAGUAUCGCAUUCGACCCGCACAAUGGCAGUGCACGCAUUGCAGGCGAAGGAGACGGUGCGACUGGGGUCAUGAACUUUGCAGAGGCCGCGCUGUUGAUUCAGGGCACGAGUAUCAUCUACAGUCGGAAAGUCGAGUACCUUCAUGCCUUAGUGUACCAGACGCUAGCUCACUUGUCGCAGCAACAGGAAGAUACAAAGCAGGGUCAGGAGCGUGGAAAAAGAGCUGGUGGAGAGACGCAAGAGGACCAAGACGGGUCCGAUGCCAGUGUGUUGGACUCUUCACUGUUGCUGUACGACGAGCUGGAGGAAGCCAAGCCGUCGCAUAUCACACUCAAGAGCACAAUGUCGGGCGACGGAGAGCGUGACGGUCGUGGAGGAGGGCGAAAAAAGAAAGAGGCCAAGGCGCUGCAUCGGAGCAAGAACAACAUGGAAGCGUCGAUUGCAUUGAUGGGGUCACUGGUGCCGGAUGAACGCGACCACGGUGAGACGUAUAAGCUGCUGUCGUGUAACUUGCAUGCAAGUGGCGUGCUGCUGCUGGACGAAGCGAGUAGAAAGUAUCUCGGCGCACAGCAGCGAGUUGUCGAGUCGGCGUUCGGGGAAACGCCGGGGCGGUACGGCGGUAUGUGGGUAGCUGCAGAUGGAGAUCAACCGGCGACUGCGCUGAAUUUUGAUGACAUGGAUGCAAAGGAUGAUGGCGACGAUGACGCGGGAAUGAUGGAUCCAUUCGACGAGCAGGCAGACUACGAGUAUAGCGCUGGUGAAGCGUUGCAGGAUGAUCACGUGGAAAGUACGGGGGAUGACGCGCAGCAGGAGAAUGCAGUGACUACUGCGAAAUUUUCUCGUGCAACGAUGGCCGCGGUGCCGGUGAGUGAGAAGGACCCGUGGGCACCACUCGAUGCGUACGAUGCGAGCACAUCGGUGGCGAGACCGUUCAAAAAGGGGCGAUCAUACCCGCGGGUACCAGCAUACAAGAAAGCGAAGGCGAAUUCUGCAGCAUUGAGCAAUAAGCAAGGAAUUGUAGGCGUGGACGGCGAUACAGAGCAGGAUGGCUUGUCCGAUCCGGCAUUCCAUGAUCGCUUCUUCAUGCGAUCGAACGGAAUGCAGUGGGCAUCGUGGGUCUGGUCAGAAGUGGCAGGUGAGAAUCCUUUGGAGAAAACUUGCAGAAAAACGUAUUGCCGCGCCCCACUUCUUGCAAAAAGCUGCGAUGCGCUCUGGCGGCGCGAGGCCAAAUGGCGCAGUAUCAUGCGUCGUUGUGAAGCCCGCGAGAAACAGAGUGCACAAGCCAUGCUGUUGCGUGAGCAGGCCAUGGAAGAGGAGGAGGCUGCAGAUACAUAUGAUCACAUGCAAGCCUUGACGCUGUCUACUGCAACAGCGCGCUUGGACAUGGCUUUUCGGUACGAUGCGAGUGGCAACAGAGAUGACGAAGACCGUGACGACAAUGGCGACGACAACGAUAACGACUGUGACGAUGGCUUUGAUGGUGGCAACUUGGACCAAGGAGAUACGAUGGACGAUAUGAUGGAUUCGUAUGAUGCUGCUACGACAGCGGCGAGUUCGUCCGAUGGGCCGCUGACGUACGAGGAGAUCUGCCGACAGCACUUGGCGUCCUUUAUGUCUGGCACGGAGAAGUAUGUCCGAGAGACGGACCUGAGCAAGCAAGUGAGCGAUUGGCAGGAGAAGCUCACGCCGUUGCUGAAGCAGCAGGAAGCACACCCGCCUUUCGAUAUCCACCACUAUGGUCGUGAAAUCAUUGGACGCCUGGAAGAGGAAUACAAGAGCUUCAGUCUCGACAAGCUGAGUGGGUCUUCGAAGCGUGACAAGAAGAAACGCGCCAGGCUGAAUGUGCUGCCCGAAGAAGAGGAAGCGGAAGAGCGGGACACGGUGCCGUUUGAAACGUUGGUGGAUGGCAAAAGUCAGUUUGAGGUAUGCCGUCUCUUUUUGGCGUCACUGCAGCUCGCAAACAGCGGCAACGUGUCAUUGUCGCACGCACAUACCACAGCAGAGCAUGGACAGGUGCCGUUUCGAAUGCAGCUACUUACUAGUGCCAACACUCACGGCACCUUACAAGCGUAA